ACCAGUGGAGGUUGUACCAGAUGAGAAACCCGGAAGUACUGGGUGCUCGUGAGUGUUUGUUGUUGCUGUAGUGUUGGUGGAAGUUGAAUAUAGUUGAAAUAGCCUUGGAUUAUUGUCGCUGCGAUGGAAGGGAAUGCGUUUCCCUUUCAGGAACCUCUGGUGGGCUCGAUUUGAGGAUGAGGAGAGUGCUGGAAUGGAGAGGGGGGCGCACAACGUUGUGGUUGAUGGCCGGUGACUGAGCGAGGAGGCUGUCUAUGACAAGGAGACUGUUGGUGCCGACUCCCGUGUGCGAUGUCUGCGGCGUUUUCUGUUUCCAGCUCGUGUAGACGGGCAGGAAGAGGCUUGAUACCCGGUAGGAGUCGGUGAUAUCUUACUGAUGGAGUUUGAAUGUAAACGCCGGCGAGGCUGUGGUAUUUUGACCACCGAGCGCAGACGUUUGGCUGUUGCCUGAGUGAUGGCUGGAGGAUACUCUGCUUCGAACAGGUCGUCAUACAGGUCGUCUUCCGAUUCAGAUCUGUGAUGAUUGCAUCAGUUGGGGUCUCUAGAAAGGAUAUCGCCUGUACUAUAUAGCACUCUUUUUUUUUUUACAAACAUGAAGAACAAUGGUACUAUGGCUGCUGGAUUGAGAUUGGGUUUCUUUAUGGGGUUGCUGCUGUGUUGUUGUCAACUGAUCACAUCCAAAGAGGGAAAAUCCACAAAGAAAGGAAAGAAAGGCAAGCAAGUUGUCUGUCCAUCCCAGUUGUCCCCAGAAGAUUUGGCCCAGGUUCCAGCUAACUCCACCUCCAACAUCUUGAACCGUCUGAUGGUCAGUUAUGACCCGAGAAUAAGACCUAACUUCCAAGGUAUCCCGGUUGAGUCCAAGGUAAACAUCUUCAUUAAUAGCUUUGGGUCCAUCCAGGAGACCACUAUGGACUACAGAAUAAAUAUAUUUCUUCGUCAGAGAUGGAAUGAUCCGCGCCUACGACUUCCAACUGACUUUAAGAGUGAAGCACUAACAGUUGAUCCCAAGAUGUUCCAGUGUUUGUGGAAACCAGACCUUUUCUUUGCUAACGAGAAACACGCUAACUUCCAUGAUGUCACACAGGACAAUAUUCUGUUGUUCAUCUUUCGGAAUGGAGAUGUCUUGAUCAGCAUGAGGCUGUCGGUGACGCUGUCUUGUCCCUUGGAUCUUACACUCUUCCCAAUGGACACACAGCUGUGUAAGAUGCAGCUGGAGAGCUUUGGCUAUACCACCAGUGAUCUUGUGUUUAUGUGGCAGUCCGACCCAGUUCAGAUGGAUGAGAUUGCUCUUCCUCAGUUUGACAUUAAACAAGAGGACAUAAAAUAUGGAAACUGCACAAAGUUUUACCAAGGAACAGGAUACUACACCUGUGUUGAAGUGAUUUUUACAUUGCGUCGGCAGGUUGGUUUCUAUUUGAUGGGAGUGUAUGCCCCAACUUUGUUGAUUGUUGUUUUGUCCUGGUUAUCAUUCUGGAUAAACCCUGAUGCUUCAGCUGCAAGGGUGCCACUGGGUAUAUUAUCCGUACUCUCUCUGUCCAGUGAGAGUAUGCUCUUGGCAUCUGAGCUACCAAAGGUUUCCUAUGUAAAGGCUAUUGAUAUUUGGCUCAUCACCUGUCUGCUUUUUGGGUUUUCGUCACUUGUGGAAUAUGCUGUGGUGCAGGUGAUGCUGAACAGCCCCAAACGAAUUGAGGAGGAGAAAACUAAAAUGGCCAACAAGGAAAAAGCUUUGCAAGAGAAAGAAGGAAAGAUGGAGGCAAAUAAAACUAACACAGUGAAUGGGACAGGUGGAACACCCAUACAUGUCAACACAUUGCAGGUGGUUGAAACUCGCUGUAAGAAAGUUUGCACCUCUAAGUCGGACCUUCGAUCGAAUGACUUCAGCAUCGUGGGAUCUUUACCUCGAGACUUUGAACUUUCCAACUUUGACUGUUAUGGUAAACCAGUCGAAGUGUCAGGAGCCCUCAAGUCCCAAAACAAAAGUAACAAGAAACCCCCACCACCUAAACCUGUCAUACCUGCUGCCGCCAAACGUGUUGACCUCUAUGCAAGAGCCCUCUUCCCUUUCUCCUUCCUCUUCUUCAAUGUUGUCUACUGGUCGGUCUAUUUGUGAGAGGGGGAGAAGGGUGGUAAUAAAAUGGUUUGUAUCCUGAUACAUACCGAUCAUACUGAUAAUCAUAUUACAUUGAACGGAAAAUAGACUUCAAAUUCACAACUCUAUACUGAUAAAAUAAAGAUUUUCAGCAUUUCAUGAUCAUUAAGUAUCACAGACGGCUCUGGUCUCUAAGAGUAACUGUAAAAUCGGGCGGCUGUGGCUGAGGGUUAGUAGAGCAGUCUGUGAUACUUAAUGAACCAGGAGGUCGAAGGCUCGAAUCCCACCCCAUGCCGAAGUGUCCUUGGGCAAGAUGCUGAACCCUGAAUGUCCCCUCAUAGAUGUUAAAUGCACUAAUUGGAAGUCGCUUUGGAUAAAAGCGUCAGCUAAAUGACAUGUAAUGUAAAGUGGCACAACUAUAAAGUCUUGGGGCUGUUGUCUUGAGUCCCCUUUAAACCUAUGCAUUUAGCAAGCACUGCAUGUUUCUGUCAUCAUUUUGUGCUUAAUGUGAACUUAACCUUGAUGUGCUUCCACCAAUACCCCAAAGCUGUAUAUUAUGUAGAAAUAAAUGCUUUACAAAGAGGGUAACAUUACUAGUAACAACAAAAAUACUAACACAAUAAGCAAAUAGAAAGAAAAUAUAAACAUUUAUAAAAAUACUACUUACAAAAAUACCAUAAUGCUUCCACCAUGAUAAGACCUAAUAGGAGAUCCGUUUGAAGCAGAUAAUAUGAAGAUAUAACAAGAUAUUUCUCAUGUUGUAAUGAUAAAAUUAGUUUUCAUCAUAUAACAAGAUGAAGUGAUAUAGUAUAUUGUGAAGACAAAAAGGUUAAGAUUUGUUGUGUAGUAAAAUAAGAAAAAAUAUAAUGUAGAUUGAAGCACCUAUGAAAAAUUUAAAAUAUCUUGGUGGAACAUUAAAUGAUGAUGCCAUGGCUUGAACGGUCCCUGCCAACAAAGAUGCAAAGACCCUUUUUUUAGGGAUUAUUAUUAAGGAACAUAACACAGGAUCAUGUUGGGAUAAAGUAGCUUGAAUCGGCACAUUGUGGUAUGUUUGAACUAUACAUGCAUACAUUUCACAUGUAAGUAUAUCAUCCUCAGACUUACAAAGAUGCCUCCUGGAGCCCUAAGCCAAACCCAAUAGGGAGACAGUCUUUUUGAAUUUAAUGUGCAGUUUUGGAAGAAUUAUUUCCCAUACUUUAACAAAGUCUUCCUAAGUGAGAAUGAGGUUGAUCAACACUGAUCUAUUGAUAAGAGUAAUGUUGAUUGAUAUUGAUCAGAUCAAUGCGCCACUGUUUGGACUUGCAAGUAUUUCAAUAGAUAGAUAAGAGAUUUGGAAUGGACGUGUGUGUGUUGGCUCAAUGAUGCCCUCUUUUACUUUAAGCACUUUUAAGUAGCAAAAUAGCUAAAGGGGUGGUCCCUAGAAAAUAUACGAGAUAGCCAUGGUGUUAUUGAAUUUAAUUUAAUUUGUAUAGCACCAAAUUAAAACAUUACGUUAUCUCAAGUUACAUUUCCCACAAACAGCAGGCACUUGGUGACUGUGAAGAGAAAAAAAACUCCCUUUAAUGGGGAAAAACCUCUGGCAACAGUUAGUGUGGGCAGCCAUCUGCCUCAACUGGUUGUGGUGAGAGAAGAGAUAAGGGGAGGGGGAAGACAGGGGGACCAGGAACAGUUGUGUAGCUGUCAUUUGAGCUCUGUCAGACUGGUUGUGAUGAUGAAAAUAAUAGUAGUGUUGCUUUUAGAUAUAAUGCUGUUAUUAAUAGCAGAACCAUCAGUUAUAAUAAUAUAUUACUAGUACUGAUACUACUACUACUACUAAUAAUAAUAAUAACUAAAGCUGCAAGCAGUGAUGGUCGAUGGGCUUUGUAUUUGAGGAAACUUGAUGGAAAGACAUUGACAUAAUAAUAAUAGCUUUAAUGUAUAUAACGCCUUUCAAGAGCUCCAAAGACGCUUUUCAUGUGUCAGUGGGGACAAAAAGAGAUAAGAAAAGAAAAGCCAGUAUUGAGUUAUAGUCAUAGUGCCAUCUGCUGGCUACAGGUAAUGACAUGUUUUACACUUUGGUGUAUUUUUCAUAGCAGAUCAGAAAGCGGUCAGCAAAGCCUAAAGACUGAUGAUGCUUAAUUAUGAAGAUUGUGAGAUAACAUACACACUGUUCUUUAAUCCACACCAAACGUCAUGUUUAAUAGGUGUCCUAACCUGAGAACAUCUACAUACCACCUUGUGGCAACAGGAACUGUUAUGAAACUUUAAAUAAAGACGGACAAUAUGAAAGCUCCCAAAAUUGAUGCCAAA